AUGGACAAAUAUGAAUUUCUUUAUGUUUCUGACAUCGUCAAAGACGAGGAUGAGAAGAUGGAAAAUCGGAGAAAACAAGCAACAUUAGUGACUGGUAGCAAUGGCCGAGGAAAUCAAUUAACGGAUCCUACUAUUAGUGUUGUUGAUGAUGAACAAUCUGUUUACGUCACCGAUCGUGCAAAUGAUCGUCUCCUGAAAGGGAGAAAAGAUGUGACGGGAGAUCUGAUGGUAGUUGAUGGAAAUGGUUAUGAAAGAAGUUUCAAUCAAUUUAACUUUCCUCAUGAAAUCGUUGGUGAUAAUUCUGAUCGAAUUUACCUGUUAAUCAUUCCGUCACUGGCGAGACAAAAAAGAGAACCUGUUACUUAUAUCAACAACUACGCAACAACGCAGAUCAAUCGUCAUGUAGCAACAUUUCUUCUUCUAUUUGGUACUCUUGGCAACUUACUCAACAUUUGCGUUCUAAAUGAACAUUCAUUUCAUGAGAAUCCUUGUUCGAUUUAUCUCUCUUGGUCAUCAAUAACAAGUUCGGUCUUUAUUUGGUCGGGCUUUUUAACACGAGUCUUACAAGGUUAUAAUAUCAAUUGGCCAAAUCAGAACUCCAUUGCGUGCAAAACUCGUCAACUUUUGCUCAACGUUACUUGGCCAAUGGGUAUCUGGUGUCUUGUAGGAGCGAGUAUCGAUCGAUAUUUAUGCAGUCAUUCAUCGGCUAGGUAUCGCCUGUUUAGCACAAAUCUCAUAGCAAAGCGUUUUGUGCUUGCAAUAUUUAUUUUCUUUUGUUGCUUAUUUGUCGAAGUACUUUAUUGUUUUGAAGGAAGUAUUCCGAACGUUCCAGUUCUUUGCUAUGGUCAAAAUAUACCUUGUCGGUUAUUUAACGACUGGGCUGCUCUAUCAUUCGAUAUUAUUUUACCAAGUUUUUUCUUGGCUGUAUUUGGUGCGUUGACCAUUCGAAAUAUUCGUCUAAGAAGUGUUCGUCCAAUCAUCAAUUCAGAAGUUCGAUCCAACCGUAGAUCAACAAUACACGCGAAUGAUCGUAAUCUUACACGAAUGUUAUUGAUCCAAGUACUGUUCAUUCUUGUUUUGGAUUUACCAUUCGGUAUUUAUCGUCCAUAUGCAAGUUUAACUUCGAAUAUUUCAAAAAGUUCCUAUCGAGCAGCUAUCGAAAAUCUAACGUAUUCUGUGAUUGUACUUCUUAUUUGUGUGACCCAUUCCACUUCAUUUUAUCUGUAUACACUUACUGGUUCAGUAUAUCGUCGUGCAUUCAAACAAAUUGGACAACGUUGGCUCAAUCGAAUCCGAUUAAUUCAUUAG